AUGGUGUGUUGGAGUGUGUAUGCCAGAGUUGAGAAAGCGAUUGGGAAGGUGUUUGCAAGGUAUGGAGAAUUUGUUGGUACCUAUCCAUGGAUUUUCCUAACAGUUUCCGUACUUGUGUGUUGUUUACUGAGGAUUGGACUUAUCAACCUGAAAUCUGAAACAGACGUAGAGAAGGUCUACACACCAAUGGAUAGCCAGGCCUCUAAAGACAGAAGUACGAUCAGAACCCUGUUUAGCGAUUACUCUGGUACGAACUUUUACUCACAGAACCUAAUUGAAAGGAAUCUACACGGCAGUGUGAUUUUCAAAAGCAAAACCUCGUCAAAUCUGCUCAGCCUCACUAAUAUACAGGAAAUAAAGACAUUUCACGAUCAAAUCAAAGCGAACGUGUUUGGAAAUGGAAUGGACUAUUCACAGUUGUGUGCUGUUCGAGCUUCUCAGACAACCAACAGUUCACGGACAGUUCCAAAUUAUGGGAAAAAGACUGUGUCCUACAUGAAAACCCUCCAAUCACCGAUAUUCGAUGUCGUGUAUGCACAUUCGUCAUCUCUGGACGAGGAGCUUACAGCGAACAUCCGUGGCGACAUAGUAUUUGUGUCGCUGACCUUCACCUUGAUGAUCGUGUACGCGACUUUUGUCACCUUGACCUGUGAUUGCAUGCUUGACAGACAAAAUUUGGGCCGGGCUGGUGUCAUAGCAACCGGACUAGGCAUCGUAGCUUCAUUUGGGCUGGUCAGUGCUUGUGGGGUGGAGUUCGUCUCCAUAGUUGGGGUGAUGCCUUUUCUUAUAUUAGGUAUCGGGAUUGAUGAUAUGUUUAUACUGUUGGCCGGACUCGCAGAGGUCCCGUUACUUGCAACAACCCCAAAACAGCGCACUAGUGGAGUGUCCAUAACUAUCACAUCCCUGACUGACAUACUAGCAUUCGGUGUGGGUGCCUCCUCUGUUUUCCUUGGCGUGCGGAACUUUUGCAUAUUUACAGGGGUUGCUGUCCUGUUUUGUUAUAUCAACUUCGUGACCUUCUUCAUCGCCUGUAUUGCGAUCAACGAUAGAAGGAUAUCAGCUAACAGACACUGUUUAUGCUGCCACCCAAUAGAAAUGAAGAGUGACACGACAACCGCUUCCCCGUUACUUCGGUUUUGCUGUGGCGGCACUGCUCCUUCCUCCGAGAUAGAAAUGCAUUUUUAUUAUGUGGAAAUUUGGAUUUCUUCGUAA